UUAAGAUUGAAAUCAUAAAUAAUAAUAUGAGCAACAAGCCCCUUUUGUAUGAAGAUGUGUCUGAAGAUUUGUUAGAUGAGAACGCUUCUGUUUUAAGUGUUCAUGUCUCGAAGAGUUUACAUAAGAACAUGGCAGCUAAUCCUUUCAGAAGAAGGUUUAAGAGUGAAGAACUCAUUGAACCCUUUUCCUGUUCUGUUCGGCUAUUACCUUAUUUUGCUGAUUUACGUAAAGAAGUUUCUCCAAUUAAAAAUAGUGUAAAAUUUGUUGAUAAUGGAUUUUCUUGAAAGGAAAUAACAUGACAGCGACACCCCACUAAAUCAAAGCUACAAAGUGAUAUAAAGGACUUACUCCAGCAAGCCAUUAGACUCAGAAGCUCUUCCAUACCCCACCCCACUCAUAAAUCCCCUCCAAAUGCCAAAUCCCACUCUCCAUCUCAAGAAAUCCUCAUAACAAUGAACGACAUAAACAGUGCCUAAUAUCUAAAUUUUCCUAACCCCUCUAACACUCCACUUCCUCCUCCCCUAACAAAUCAUAAACCCCCACCCCUUCAUCCCCCCUAAAAAAUCCCAAAAGAGGCUUUUCAACGUAAUUUUCAUUCUUUUCCUAUUCUUCAGAUUUUAAACGAGUAAUUUUUACGCAGAUUUAGAAUUUAGAGUAGAAUCUGGGCGUUUAGGGGAGAAAUUUUGGUCAGAUUUUGAAUGGAGGUGGUAGACUGAGGGAUUUGUGAGGGGUUGGGCAUGAAGAGAUAGGGGGUGGGCAGGUUAUUGGGAAUUGGGGAAGGGUGGGGAAUUUUUGUGGAGAGGUUUGUUUAGGGUGGGAAGUGGGGGAUUUUAUGUAAGGGAGUGGUAAAAAGUAGGUUUUAAAGGAGGGGGUAGAUGAGGGAGGAGUUUUUCAUGGUUUAGUUCUGUUUUAUAGGGUUUAUAGUAAAGUUUGGUGCCAGUUAGUCUUGGCUAAUUUUCAGCAAAUUGAUUAGUUAGCACCUCAAGUAUAUCAUCCAUUCAACCAUCCUCCCAUUUACUUAUAAUCCUCAGCCUCUCUUCCACAGUCACAAUCUUACUUUGACAUAAACUAUGCUAAAAGACUCACUUCAACAGGAAAAUGAAAUAAUGCUCCUAAUUCUCGCCUCAAAACGAAAAUACUUUAACAAUUUAUAACAAUCCUUUCUUCCCCUACUCCCACUUAUACCAAAUCUUCUAUAACCCUCAAGCCACCUUCUUCCACUAUCCCUUCCCCCAACCCUCAUUUCCCUUAACCCCCACUUUUCUUCCAGUCUUAAAACCCAGCCAAAUCCCUUCUCUUCAACCGCUUUACCCUCAUUUG